AUGCCUCGUAAUCCGUUCUCGUCUUCGUCCGCGACGGCUCCUAUCCCUAUCGACGCUCCGCGCAAACGCUCACCUUCUUCCUCUCGCAACACUGCUGCUAAGGUGGCCCAGUUCUUCUCCUCAUCACCGAAAGCUGCAUACUCCCUUCCGGCCCAUCUUUCGGCCUCUGCCUCUCUCCUGGCUGCUCAGGAGCAGAACAACGCCCGUAGCCUCUCCCCUUCGGUGUCUUUGCCAACUAUCUCCCUUUCAACUGCUACUGCGGAUAAAUUGUCAGAUACCCCUACAAUGCUGUUUUCACCCCCUUCUCCGGAAGCUGCGAGGAAGCUGGCGAGAGAGCAUGCACAGUUUGGUCCCUUAGGCCACGCAAGCCAUAAGUGCAUCUCACAGCACCCCAAAGGAUCACCGGUAGAGGAUUCUGUUGAGGAUGAACCGCCGUACUACUUUUUGCUUACGACGUACAUCUCGUAUCUCGUAUUGAUUGUAUUCGGACACGUUCGGGAUUUCUUCGGCAAGAGGUUCAAGGAUCAGAAUUACAAGCAUCUGAAGGCUCAGAAUGGCUAUGCAGCUUUGAACAGUGACUUUGACAACUUCUACGUUCGGCGAUUGAAGAUGCGGAUCAGCGAUUGCUUCGCCCGUCCCAUUACUGGUGUUCCGGGCCGUUUCAUUACCCUGUUGGACCGCGUGUCUGAUGAUUUCAACCUUACAUUCAAACUUACCGGUACACAAACUGAGGCAUUGAAUAUGAGCUCGUACAACUACCUUGGAUUUGCCCAAUCAGUAGGCCCCUGUGCAGAUGCUGUGGAGGAUAGCAUCAGACGCUAUGGAAUGUCCUCUGCGAGCUCUCGUGUCGAUGCGGGUACCUCGGACCUCCAUACCGACGUGGAAAAGCUGGUUGCCGAUUUCGUUGGAAAGCCUUCUGCAAUCAUUUUCUCCAUGGGUUAUGUUACAAACUCGACUGCCUUCUCUGCCUUAGUUGGAAAGGGAUGCUUGAUUAUUUCUGAUGAGUUGAAUCACGCCUCCAUUCGUUUUGGCGCUCGUCUUUCCGGUGCCGUGAUUGGAAUGUUUAAGCACAACGAUAUGAAUGACUUGGAGCGUCUUUUGAGGGAACAAAUUUCUCAGGGUCAGCCGAGGACACACCGCCCCUGGAAAAAGAUUCUUGUUGUCGUUGAAGGUCUUUACUCGAUGGAGGGAACCAUGUGCAAUCUUCCAGGAUUGUUGGAACUCAAACACAUCUAUAAGUUUAAUCUGUUCAUCGACGAGGCCCACUCUAUUGGUGCAUUGGGUCCAAGGGGCCGUGGUAUCUGUGAUUACUUUGGCAUUGAUCCCUCCGAAGUUGAUAUUCUUAUGGGAACUUUGACUAAGUCUUUCGGUGCCAACGGUGGAUAUAUUGCUGCGGAUAAGCAUGUCAUUGAUAAGCUCCGGAGUUCUCACGCGGGUAGUGUUUAUGGCGAGUCACCAGCACCCCCAGUCUUGAUGCAAAUCUCAUCAUCUUUGCGUAUCAUCUCUGGAGAACUCGUUCCUGGUCAAGGCGAAGAGCGUCUGCAGCGUCUGGCCUUCAACUCUCGGUACCUUCGCCUAGGUUUAAAGCGUCUAGGAUUCAUUGUCUAUGGCCAAGACGAUUCGCCUAUUAUUCCUGUCAUGCUGUAUAACCCUGCAAAGAUUCCUGCCUUUUCACAUGAGAUGUUGCGGCGAAAAAUCGCUGUCGUCGUCGUUGGAUACCCUGCCACCCCACUUGUUAGCUCAAGAGCUCGAUUCUGCGUUUCUGCUGCCCACACCAAGGACGAUCUGGAUAGGCUUUUGACUGCUUGUGACGAGAUUGGCGAUGUUUUGCAACUCAAGUUUUCCAGUGGCAUUGCUGGUGGUGCUGUUCCACUACCGCCGGGAGUCACCCGCGAAGACGAGAAGGAGAUGAGGAAAAAGGGAAUUGUAUCACCACCUAGAUGGCCACUGGAGGAGGUUCUUAAGCGAGGUGUGAAGGACGUUCAGUCUCCGUUAAGAUAA